UCAUCGAAAAGAUGCUAGAGACAAUAAAGUGGUGAAAAUGAGUGACAUAGAUGACGAUAGCGAAAUAUACUUCUCAGUUAAAUUUUUAGGUCGAAUCCAGGUGGUCCAUCCAGGUGGGAUGCAGAUUCUGACAGAUGCAGUACAAGCCAUACAGGAUCCAAACAUAGAGAUGGAUGAGAAAAUGAAGAAAACUAAAGUACAUAUGUUUCUGACCAGAAGCGCUAUUGACAUUCUAGAGCAUAAAACAAAGUUCAUGCUGUACUCCUGCACUUUGUCCUCUGUUUCAUUCUGCGCAGUACAUCCGACUCAGCCCAAAAUACUCAGCUUUGUGGCCAAACACCCCGCGGCGGACAUGUACCACUGCUACAUCUUCCAGAGCAAGAAGUUUUCCCAUCUGCUGGUUUCCAUCAUUGGUGACACCUUUCAGGCUUAUAAGCAGGAUGGAAAUCUCCAGGGUGAUCGUGACCUGGUGGUGGAGGCUCUGAGACACAAGAAUAAGGUACUGGAGCGAGAGAACGCCGAGCUGAAGAGGAGACUGCAAGCCAGUGGAGAAGUGAGUUAUGUGUGA